GGCCAGCCCGUGUCUUCCUCUGCCCGGCUCAGAGACCUCAUUGGUCGGCGGCGGUGUUGACUGAAGCCCCGCUGAAACGUGCGGACCACCGCAGGAGCCCGAGGCGCAGCGACUCGACCGCCGGUGGUCGGACACCGGUUUCCUGUCGACUAGAGGCGGCUGGCUCUCCCCGGAGCUCGGUGUCGGAGACUGGAUGAGGUUGAUGCUGCUUUGCUGCACCUGGAAGGACGAACGCAUGGGAGAGGAGGAAGCUGGAGAAAGUGUGCCCGAGUGCGCGGGAUGCAAAGAGAGGAUCUAUGACGAGCAGUACCUCCAGGCUCUGAGCGCCGACUGGCACACUGUCUGCUUCAGGUGUUAUGAGUGCGGGGCCUCUCUGUCUCACUGGUAUUAUGAGAAGGAUGGGCGGCUUUACUGCAAGAAUGAUUACUGGGCCAAGUUCGGGGAGCUGUGCCACGGCUGCAACGACCCCAUCACCACCGGCCUCAUCAUGGUUGCAGGGGAACAGAAGUAUCACCCAGAAUGCUUCAGCUGUCUGAACUGUCGGACGUUCAUCGGUGAUGGAGACACAUACGCGUUGGUGGAACGAUCCAAACUCUACUGCGGUCACUGCUACUACCAGAGUGUGACCCCGGUGUCGCUGCCGGACUCGCCAUGCUCUCAGAUCCCUCACACCGUCACACUUGUGUCCAUCCCCGCCUCAGACGAGGGCGACAACGGUCGCAAAGGUCGAGGCUUCUCCGUGGCCAUCGACCAGCCUCUCAGCCCGACCAACGGCUACAGCCCUGAGUGUGGACCCACUGUGAGGGUCUCCCAAGUGGACGCUGACUGCAUGAGCCCAGAUGUGAAAAACUCCAUUCACGUUGGAGACAAGAUCCUGGAAAUCAACGGGACGCCCAUUCACAACGUUCCUCUGGAUGAGAUUGACCUGCUCAUCCAAGAGACGAGCCGGCUGCUGCAGCUCACCAUCGAGCACGACCCUCACGCUCAGAAGAUAGGAGGAAGCUCCUCGGAGGCUGAAGAUCAGUUGGACAGCACCUUGUUCACCCCAGUGUCAGAGGGCUCCAUCCCCACCCUGCCGGUCACCCAGCCCCCCAACCCGGACAUCUGCAACCUGAAGUCCCGUAUCAUCACGCGGAGUUACAGCAUCGACAAGUCGCCGGGCUCCAGCAACACAGCGUCGCCCGUCUCUCAGAGGAAGGAAAUCAACCGAUCCGAGUCGCUCCGAGUCGUCUCCAGUCGGACGCACCGUAUCUUCCGACCAUCUGACCUCAUCCACGGAGAAGUUCUCGGGAAGGGAUGCUUCGGACAGGCCAUAAAGGUGACCCACAGGGAGACUGGGGAGGUGAUGGUGAUGAAGGAGUUGAUUCGCUUUGACGACGAGACGCAGAGAACGUUCCUCAAAGAGGUGAAGGUGAUGCGCUGCCUGGAUCACCCCAACGUGCUCAAGUUCAUCGGAGUCCUCUACAAAGACAAGAGACUCAACUUCAUCGCAGAGUACAUAAAGGGAGGAACGCUGAGGGAGAUCAUCAAGAAAAUGGACAGUAACUAUCCCUGGAACCAGCGCGUCAGUAUUGCUAAGGACAUUGCUGCUGGAAUGACUUAUCUACACUCCAUGAACAUAAUCCACCGGGACUUGAACUCACACAACUGUCUGGUCCGAGAGGACAACACUGUGGUGGUGGCAGACUUCGGCCUGGCUCGGCUCAUGAUUGACGAUAAGCAUGAGGAAAAGCGGACGCAGGGCAAACUGACCGGCCUGAAGAAGCCCGACCGAAGAAAAAGGUACACCGUGGUGGGAAACCCCUACUGGAUGGCUCCUGAGAUGAUCCACGGGAAAAGCUACGACGAGAGAGUUGACAUCUUUUCUUUUGGCAUCAUGCUCUGCGAGAUUAUUGGUCGAGUGAACGCAGACCCAGACUACCUCCCCAGAGCGACAGACUUUGGACUCAACGUUUCUGGCUUCCUGGAGCACUUCUGCCCCCCUGACUGUCCCCCUGCCUUCUUCCCCAUGGCUGCUCUGUGCUGUGACCUCGAUGCAGACAAAAGACCCGCUUUCUCCAAACUGGAGGAGUGGCUGCAGAACCUGAAGAUGCACUUGGACAUUGGUCUGCCCCUCAUGUCUGAACUGGACCAGUUGCACAAGGUCUUCUGGGGGAUCCACAGCAUCAGACACCCUGAGAACGGCCUGCACACGCAUCCUGAGCAGCCUGAGUAG